AUGGGCGAGCACAACCUCCUUAAUCCCGGCUUUGUGGGACCUCUGGUGAACAUCCACACGGGAGACACCUUCUACUUCCCUAAUUUCCGUGCCUCCGGAGGGCAACUGCCCGGUUUGCCUUCCCUCUCCUACCCCCGACGGGAUAACGUCUGCUCCUUGCCCUGGGCAUCCUCGGAACCCUGCAACGGGUACCCUCAACCCUACCUGAGCAGCCCCGUCUCCAUUAACCCUUCCUUCGGUAGAGCCUGCGACCUCGCCCGGGUGGAGGAAAGCAAAUGUUAUUACCGGGAAACCUGCUCCGAAGCCAGCGGGCUCAAGAGGGAGGAGAGGGGCAGGGACAGUGCCUUGCUGCCCCUCGAAUCCAGCCUUCCCAACGGCAUGGGGGGCAAUUUCGGCAAAUAUGACUAUCCGAGCAGCGAGGCGGUCCCCCACGACCCUCCCUCCUGCCAGUCCUUGGACCACGCCCCUCCGUCCUGCCAGUCCUUGGAGUCAGACUCCAGCUCUUCCUUGCUCAAUGAAGGGAAUAAAGGGACGAGCGGUGAAGCGGGGGGUUUGGUGUCCCCCCUCAACCAAGGCAGCACUUUAGGCACCGGUG